CAAAGUGCUGUCAAAAUCAAAUCAAAAUUGUCAAAUAGUGUUAUUGAAAAGCACGUUUUAGUUUUGCCUCGUGCUAAUAUUUCAAUAAGAUAUGGAAGAAAAUACACCAACUGUUAGCUUAGUAUCAUGUAUGCAUUUUGUGCAAAGAGGAGUUGCCAAAUCAGUUCCUGAAAAAAUAGAAUUAACAGAAAAGGAAUUGGAGAAAAUAAUCAAACAAACUGCCGAUGAUUUGAGGAUUACAGAACAAGGCGAUGACCAGAGUGAUGAAGAAGGUGAAACAGAAACUGCUGAACCUCCAGCAAAUCCUAAUGAUGAAUUCAAUUUUGAACAAUAUGACGAGGAAGAUAGCUUAACAGCCAACCCUAUUGGUAUUGGUACUGUGGCAACUUUGCCUAACUUAGGAGACCUCAGUGAAGAUGUUCAGAUAAGAACAGAAGGACCGGACAGUGAUGAAGAGGAUGAUAUAAUCAAGCCAACAGACAAUCUGCUACUGGUUGGCCAUGUGGAGAGUGAUGCCAGCGUUUUAGAAGUCCACAUUUUCAAUAAAGAGGAGGGUUCAUUCUAUGUGCAUCAUGACAUCAUACUGCCGUGGUUCCCUCUCUGUAUUGAGUGGCUCAGUUAUGAUCCAAGCGAUCCACAACCGGGUAAUUUAUGUGCAUUGGGUGGUAUGGAUCCAGUCAUACAAGUAUGGGACUUAGACAUUGAGAACUGUCUAGAGCCAGCAUUCAAAUUGGGCAAAAAACCAAAUAAGAAGAAAAAAAUCAAACGUGUUGGUCAUAAAGAUGCCGUACUUGAUCUAUCAUGGAAUAAAAAUUUCACACAUGUGUUGGCGAGCGGGUCCGCAGACAACACGGUGCUGCUGUGGGACCUGGACCAAGGCACGCCGCACACCAAGAUCAACUGCUUCACUGACAAAGUAAUUUAGAUGAGUAACAACGUAGGUAAAGUGGCGUAUGUCGACUGCAGACAGGAUCUGCCGCUUUGGACCAUUGAUGCUCACGAGAAGGAAGUCACUGGACUGAUAUUAAGCCAGCAAAUUCCCGGCCUCUUGAUCACUGCCAGCACUGACGGUACUCUCAAGACAUGGGAUGUCACCAGCCAAGGUGCGACGCAAGUGAGUAUGCGCAGCAACAGGUCGGGGCAGUGCCUGUGCGCGGCGAGCUGCCCCGACGCGCCGCUCGCGCUGGCGCUGGGCGGCGACAACAAGCAGUGCCACAUCGAGAUGAUCGACCUCGCCGCUAAUGAACAAGUACUGAACCGCUUUGGACCAAGAAUCCCAGCCGCCGCGACCGAAGACAUGGAGUCAUAGUUCAAAUUAUUAGUGAAUCGAUAAUAAUUAUUAUUAUGUAUUUAACUGUGAAGUUACAAUAUGUAUAAACUUUUGUAUACAAUAUUUGUUCAUACGACUAUUAAUGUAAGUAAAUAUAAUGAAUAAAAGACGAAUGAAGAU